AUGAAGACGACGUUCCUCAGCGCAGCAGCACUGCUGCUCUCCACCACAGCCGCGGAUGUAGCCCCAGCCUUUCCUCUCCCGGGCGGUCCAACAAACCUAACCAUAACCUACAACAACAACGACACCGUUUCUCCUCAGGGCGAGCUCCUCCCUCGUCCCGUAACCGCCCAGCCCCCUUCCCUCUCGGCCCCGAAACUCACCCCCGCCUCAAAUUCGAACCUCUACAUCCUCCUAAUGAUCGACAUUGACGUCCCCCGAAACUCGACCCGCGUGCCCCUAAUCCACUGGCUCGCCCCCAACAUCUCCCUCUCUUCGCCAUCCUCCUCCCUCAUCAUCCCCUCCCCCAACCCAGUGCCCUACUUGCAACCCUCGCCUCCCGUGGGCGAUAUACCGCACGCGUAUAAUUUUGUUUUGUUCGAGCAGCCGGCGGGAUUUCAGGUGCCGGCGCGGUAUGCAGAGUUGGCGGGGAUGAGGGUCGGGUUUGAUGUAAGGCAGUUUGUCGGAGAGGCGGGGUUGGGGGGUGUGGUUGCGAGUGGGUGGUUGAGGGUGCAGAAUUUGACGGGGGUUGCGGGACCGACGGGGACGGGGUCGGGGGCGAGGCCGAGUCAGACGGGGGGGUAUACGGGGCCGGAGAGUAAUGAGGGGGGGAAGGUGGUAUUGGGGUGGAUGGGCGUUGCGGGUGCGUUGGCGGUUGCGGUUGGGAUGGUGUAG